UCGGCUUUCUACUUCACACUCAACAAGCCUCAUCAAUGGAGUUUCCUCUACUCAUUGUUACUCUACUCCUAUCUUUCACCAUUAUCCGAGCCACUUUCUCAUAUUUUGUGUUAGGCCACCCCAAUUUUCUACCUCCAGGCCCAAAACCAUUGCCGAUUAUCGGCAGCCUCCACUUGCUCGGCCACCAACCGCACCAAUCUCUAGCAAAACUAGCCAAAACUCAUGGCCCCAUAAUGUCCUUAAAACUUGGUCAAAUCACAACUCUUGUUAUCUCUUCGGCUAGCGCGGCCAAAGAAGUACUCCAAAAGCAAGACCUCGCCUUUAGCUCGCAGCGCAGCAUCCCCAACGCGCUGCAUGCGCAACACCAUUACGAGUAUUCCAUUAGUUUUAUGCCAAUCAGCACCCAGUGGCGUAUCCUCCGCAAGAUCCUGAACUCCAACAUCUCAUCCGGGCGGUCCCUUGAUUCCAGUGAGUACCUACGAAGUGAGAAAGUGAAAGAGCUCGUAGCAUUAUGUCAAAAAGCGGGGUUGUCCAAUGAUUAUGUCGACAUAGGACGUGUAACUUUCAAAACAUCACUCAAUCUCAUAUCCAACAUCGUUUUCUCCAAGGAUUUAACAGACCCGAAUGAGGAUUCGGGUAAAGAGUUUAAGGAGCUGGUUGGAAACAUUAUGCUGGAGGCCGGGAGGCCGAAUCUUGUGGACUUUUUUCCGGGGUUGAGGAUGAUCGAUCCGCAAGGGGUUAGGAGGAGGAUGAAUAGGCAUUUUAAGAAGAUUCUUGGUGUAUUUGAGGAGUUGAUUAAUGAGAGAUUAGGGAGUGAAAGCAGAUUCAAGAAAGAUGAUGUAUUGGACAUGUGUUUGAAAAUCAACAAAGAUAACCCACACGAGCUCAGUCGAUUACAAAUAAAGAUGUUGUUUUUGGAUACGUUUGUUGCCGGUAGUGAUACGACUUCAAACACAAUAGAAUGGGCAAUGACAGAACUAUUACGAAACCCACACAUCAUGGUCAAAGCCAAAAAGGAACUUGCAAAUGUUUUUGGCAAAGGAAACAUGGUAAAAGAGGAUGAUGUUUUGAGGUUACCAUACUUAUCAUGCAUUGUAAAAGAGACAUUACGACUUCACCCACCAGUCCCAUUUUUGCUUCCUCGCAAGAUUGGGAACGAAGUUAAACUCAACGAAUACACCAUUCCAAAAGGAACUCAGGUGCUUGUAAAUGCUUGGGCUAUAGGACGAGACCCAUCCAUUUGGAAAGACUCACAAGAGUUCAGACCAGAAAGAUUCUUAUCAUCUCUCGUUGAUGUUCAAGGACAAGACUUUGAGUCAAUCCCAUUUGGAGGUGGACGAAGAAUAUGCCCCGGAAUGCCACUUGCACUACGUAUGAUCCCCUUAGUAUUAAGCUCAUUACUUCAUAAUUUUGAUUGGAAUCUUGACACGAAGAUUCAACCAAAAAGUUUGGACUUGACUGAGAGGUUUGGAAUCACCAUACAAAAAGCCAACCCACUUUAUGUUGUUCCAAUACCAUUGAAUUAACAUCCACCAUAUUAUACACGUGUGUAUGCAUAGUUUCUCAAAUUCUGAUAUAUAAUAUUGUAUUAUGAAUCUAAUUCUAAUUCUAAUAAAAGAUUCUAUAAAAUGCCAUAUGACAAUU